GUUGGAAUGUUAACUACGUUUCUACAGUCGAGUCCCAGUAAACAAGUUGAAUCGAACGUCGGUUCCGUAUGACAACGCUGCGUUUGUGCAUGACGUUAUCAUCUGGAGCACCCACUAACCGAUCCGCCAUACCCUUCUCACCUACUCUGUGCAUCCCAUUCAUGCAUUCUCCGCAUUUCAGCGGUUCUUCACAGUUUGUGAUGUUUUUACCGUCGGAGUUUGGUCAGUGCUAGUUUACAUUGUAAGGCAGGAGACACACGAAUAAAAGAAUCCGUGACGGUCUUAUUGAAUUUGUGAUUGUGCUGUGCGUGCAGGAAAAAUGAUUUUACUUUUACUACUCACGUUUGCUAUCGGUUACGUCUUGUACUUUUUGUCUAAGUUCGUGCCCCGAUAUAACAGACAGUAUGAACUGAUGGAAAAGAUACCUGGUCCACCGAUUCAUAGUAGAAUAUUGGGAAAUAUCUCACUCAUGAUGGCAACACCUGAAAAUUUGCCUACAUUGAUCUACGACCAAUACAAAGCAUAUGGCGGUAUAAUACGGCAUUGGAUAUCCGUCAUACCUACCGUCAUGGUAGCUGAAGCUGACUAUGCAGAGAUUUAUUUUACGGCAAAAGGUGUUGAGGAAAAAUCCGAUCUGUACUCAAUAUUUGAAGACUGGUUGGGCAACGGGUUGAUCACCAGUGGAGGUGCUCUCUGGCACGAGCGGCGGAAGCUGAUCACCCCGGCGUUCCACUUCAACAUCCUGAAUGGUCUUUGCGAUACUUUAGUCCAGAAUGCAGAACGCCUCGUCCAAAAGCUAAAAGAACACCCGGCGGACACACCAGUCAACGUGACCACAUUAAUGCACUUGGUCGCUCUGGAUAACAUUUGCGAGCUGGCGUCAUAUCUACCAUCAGAUCAUUACGACCCUGGUGCUGGUCAAGGUUGUUCUACUACACUCCCCUAGGUCGAAAAUAUAGAAAGAGUUUGGACAAAGUUUUUGAGAUGGCUAAUACGGCCAUCCAAAACAGUAAGAAUAAGAGGUCUUCACAGCAGAUUGAAAACGAAGAUGCGAACAAAAAUAAAGGGAAAAAGAAGUUAGCAUUCCUCGACAUUCUGCUGGAAGCUUGUGAUUCAACGACCAAACCUUUGUCAGAUGAGGGUCUCCGGGAUGAAGUGAAUACUUUCAUGUUUGCCGGUCACGAAACAACGGCAUCGUCUAUGGGUUUCACGCUAUUUCUUUUGGGCAAUCAUCCUGAAAUGCAGGAAAAAUGCUAUGAGGAGCUUGAUGAUAUCUUUCAAGGUUCCGAUAGGAAACUCACGGUCGAUGAUUUACGAAAUAUGAAGUAUUUGGAACAGGUCAUCAAGGAAAGUUUGCGACUAUACCCUAGUGCAACCGUCAUAUCGAGACAAGUUGGAGCGGAGACCCAAUUUGGAAAAUACGUUGUACCUGAAGGCGCCACGGUUAAUUUGAGCAUUUACACGAUGCAUAGAGAUCCGAAAUACUUCCCAAAUCCGGAUGUUUUUGAUCCUGAUCGAUUCAGCCCUGAAAACAGCGUAGACCGACAUCCGUUUGCUUACACACCGUUUGCUGCUGGAUCUAGAAACUGUAUAGGUCAAAGGUUUGCCAUGAUGGAGAUGAAAGUGGUGCUGUCCUACAUUUUGCGUAAUUUUACUUUUGAAUCAUCUUACGGCGAAGAUGAAAUGAAAAUAUCUUUUGAUCUCGUCCCACGUGCAAAAAAACCCAUCGAAAUAAAAUUUAAACUCAGGAAUGCUACACUAAUUGAUGAAUAUGGAUUCUUCGGGUACGAGCUCCCAGUCUGCAUCGUGAGACGAGACGCUGCAGCUCGGAGAUCUCCGUGGGCAGCCGCCGCCGUCAUCGGGAAAGUUCAAUCAACUUUGAAGUUCCAAGUUCGAAAAUCCAUUCGAAAGUGCUGUCCGAAAGUUUUACGCGACUGGAUAUUAAGAGGACCUACGAUCGGGAACGGAGAUACACCUUAUUUUAGAGCCAAAGGUGUUCGCUUUUCAGUCUUUAGGUUUGAAGAAAUGAUCCUCCACGCAUUGGCAUUAUUGGCUAUUGUUAUUGGAUACGUUGUGCAUACUUUUAGGAAGAUUUUGCCAUGCAAUCAAGAGCAGUAUCAAACGGUAGAGAAAAUACCAGGUCCUCCGAUAGAAAACAAAGUUCUAGGACACCCGUCGAUGGCAUUCCUCAAGCCUGAAGUUUUACCUAGAGCGAUAUACCAACAGUACAAAGAAUUCGGAGGUAUAUUUCGUCACUGGUAUGGGUGGAUACCCAGCGUCAUAAUUGCAGAGGCAGACUAUGCAAAGAUUUUCUUCACCUCAAAAAGUCUUAAGGACAAAGCCAAUUCCUACAAAAUUGUCCUCGACUGGAUGGGUCAUGGACUGAUCACCAGUAACGGGGCAUUAUGGCAUGAAAGGCGGAAGAUGCUCACACCUGCUUUUCAUUUGAGUGUGCUGAAUAUGCUCCACGAGAUAUUGGUGCAAAAUUCUAUUGUUAUGAUCCGAAAACUAAGGGAACGUUCGGAAGACGCUCCUAUGGACGUGUAUCAGGCGAUGCAUCUGAUGGCUUUAGAAAAUAUUUGUGAGGCGGCGAUGGGAGUUAAAAUUGACGCCCUUGACAACCCACAAAUCGACUACGUUCAGGCCAUUGAAAAUGUUCAACACGCCACAGUCAAGAGAAUUGGGGAGCCUUGGUUCUGGAACAGUUUAUUCUAUUACUCUGCGACUGGUCAACAAGUGACCAAAAGCUUGGAUAAAAUUUUUGAACUUGCGCACAAGGCUAUUUUGAAAAACAAGAACAAGAAAGCUCGCCAAGUGGAAGACAAAGAAAACGGAAAUGAUGAAGUCAAAGGAACGACAAAACCGGCUUUCCUUGAUAUCCUAUUAGAGGCCCACGAAUCUCCGACGAAGGCUUUAUCAGAAAAGGACCUCAGAGACGAAGUUAAUACAUUCAUUUUUGCGGGGCAUGACACAACGGCAACAUCGAUGAGUUUUUCUUUGUUUCUCCUCGGCAUGCACACAGAUAUUCAGGAAAAAUGCUAUCAGGAACUUGAUGAUAUUUUCCAAGGUUCAGACAGAGCACCAACAGUUGACGAUUUGAAGUCUAUGAAAUAUUUGGAACAGUGUAUCAAGGAAAGUCUGCGGCUGUUUCCAAGCAUCCCUUUCAUUUUAAGAAAUUGCCAAGAGGACGUUCAAUUCGGAAAUUACACCGUUCCAGAUGGCGCAACGGUGGGUCUCUCCAUCUUUUGUAUGCAUCGGGACCCGAAAUACUUUCCUAAUCCGGAGAUUUUCGACCCUGAGCGAUUUAAUAGCGAAAAUUGUGUCGGUCGACAUUCGUUCGCAUACGUGCCGUUCGCGGCGGGAUCUAGGAAUUGUAUAGGCCAGAAAUUUGCAAUGAUGGAACAAAAAGUGGUGAUAUCUUACAUUUUGCGGAAUUUUAUCAUCGAAUCUCUGUACGGCAUGGACGAAAUUGAACUAUCUUUCGAUGUGGUAAUGCGACCUAAAAAACCUCUUGAUGUUAGACUCAAACCGAGAGUACAAACAAAAUAAUUAAAUAUAAUUGAA